UGGAUCAACUCGCAGACCAGAUUCACCUGAAAAAUAAAUUCUCUCAGGCAUAUGCUCAGCUUAAAGAAAACCCAAAUGCUUUGGGAAUUGUAAAGAACAUUCGUGAAAUUCAAGAUUACAUAAAACGUUACAAUAGAUCAUUAGGUUGCCUCACAGGACCUAGAAAGAAAAUGACUGAUGCAACAGUUACAUUGUUGACUACUUGGAAAUGUAAAUUAGAGCAUUUGCAGAAAAAAGGCGGUAUGGUUGAUGAGCCUACAAUGCACCAAAACCUAGGUUAAUUAGUGCACAAGUUUCAGCAUAUAAUGGUAAAAAAUUUAUAUGUGAUCGUUGUUUAUCAUAUUUCCAUUCUCAAAAAUCAAUUGAUUCUCACAAUCCUGCAUGUAGAGAAAAAAACCAAUAUGCAAUGGUGAUGCCAACAGAAAAAAACAAUAUUUUAAAGUUUACAAAUUACAAAUACCAGCUUCGAGUGCCUUAUGUAGUAUAUGCUGACCUGGAAAGUAUAUUAGAAAAAGUAACAGAUAAUUCUAAUAAUUCAUUGAAAAAAACAAUUAAACAAAAACAUAUUCCAAGCAGUGUAGCAUAUUAUGUUAAAUGUUCUUAUGAUAAUACGCUCUCUAAAUUUAAAUUAAAAAGAGACAAAAAUUGCAUUGAAUGGUUUAUUAAGGAACUUGAAGAGCUGUCACACAAUGUUGAUAAUAUACUUGAAAAUAUCAAACCGAUGAAUCUUACUUUUGAUGAAGAAUUGCAAUUUUUUAAUGCAACAAAGUGCCAUAUAUGUAAAAAAUUGUUCACAGCAGAAAACAUUAAGGCACGUGAUCACUGUCAUCUCAGCGGGGUGUAUAGGGGGCCGGCUCAUGUUGCAUGCAACCUAAAUUAUCAGACAUCUUGCAUAAUAGCUGUGGUAUUUCAUGGUCUCAGUAAUUAUGAUAGCCAUUUUCUAAUUAAAGCAUUAAAAAAACAAUUUCCAGGUGAUAUUGAUCUUUUGGCUUUAAAUAAGGAAAGUUACAUAAGCUUCACUAAACCUGUUAAAGGUACUAGAAUUAAAUUACGUUUUAUAGACUCUUAUAAAUUCAUGGCUAGCUCAAUAAGUACACUCGCUAAUGAAUUAGAGGAUAAUGAUAAAAGUAUAAGUCGUAGUUAUUGCAACAAUUUAGAAGAAUUCAAAUUAAUAACAAAAAAAGGUAUAUUUCCAUAUGAUUAUAUUGAUUGUUGGGAAAAAUUUGAUAAAGAACAAUUGCCCUCAAAACUUGAUUUUUAUUCUCAACUUAAUGAAGAGCAUGUGAGUGAUGAUGAUUAUGCUCAUGCUUGCAAUGUAUGGAGAGUAUUUAAAUUAAAAAAUCUGGGAGAAUACUCAGAUUUAUAUCUCCGUACAGAUGUUCUUCUUUUAGCUGAUAUAUUUGAAAAUUUUAGAUAUUUUUGUUUGAAAACCUAUGAUUUAGAUCCAGCUCAUUAUUACACACUCCCAGGGUUGAGUUUUAACGCGAUGCUAAAAUAUACAGAGAUUGAGUUGGAAUUAUUAUUAGAUGCUGAUAAAUUAUUGUUUAUUGAGGGAGGUAUUAGAGGUGGCUUAUCACAAUGCUCACAUCGUCAUGUCAUUGCAAAUAAUAAGUAUGUGAAAGAAUACAAUCCAAAUAUUAGAGAUUCAUAUUUAAUGUACUUUGAUGUUAACAAUUUAUAUGGUUAUGCAAUGGCUUCUACACUACCAGUAGGUAAUUUUCAGUGGGUUGAGAACUUUGAUUCAAAUUCAUUACAAUCUAUUGGGGAUGAUGCUGAGUGGGGUUAUAUUUUGGAAAUAGAUCUAGACUAUCCAGUAGAGCUUCAUGAUGAACAUAGGGAUUUACCUUUGGCACCAGAACGACAAAUACCUCCUUUAUCUACAAGUAAAUGCCCAAAAUUAUUAGCAACUCUUUAUCCUAAAGAAAAGUAUGUAAUUCAUUAUAGGAAUUUAAAACCAUACGUAUCUCUGGGAAUGAAAAUUAAAAAAGUAUAUAGAGUUUUAAAAUUCAAACAACGAGCUUGGUUGAAACCAUAUAUUGACUUAAAUACUGAAUUACGUACCAAGGCAACAUCACUCUUUGCUAAAAAUCUAUUUAAAUCAUUAAUUAAUAUUUGUUUUGGUAAAAUGUUAGAGUCAACACGUUCACAGAGAAUAAUUAAAUUAGUAUCAAGAUAUGGCGGUCGAGUCCUUGGGUUAUUUCAUACGUUUCAUCAGCAACAAUCAUAUUAUUAUUUUCGAAUAGUAAUUCAGCAUUUCCAAUUUUAUAUUCUCCACUGUUUUUUCUUUUAACCCCAUAAUCUUUAUCCCAUUGUAAAGUAUCUAUUUUAUUUAAAUAUUGAGUUGUUAAAUCAUUUUUAAGACCUGUUUCAUCAGCCUCUUGCUCUAUCAGUUGCAGAUCUUCAAUAGUAUCAUGGAAAGCCUCUGUUUCCUCAUCAGAACUGAGAUUUUGUUCUGUGUUUAUAUUUCCAGAAUUACUUGAAUGCGUUCUAUCAGAAAUGAUACUGUCUUCUUCUCUCUCAGAAUCAUAUGUGUUGUCUUUACUAAUUUUGCUUUUUUUAUUGUUUAUUAUCGGUGUUAUUUUAGCAGCUAUAUUCUCAAGUGGUCCGAUGACUGGUUUUAAGUACUCGUUAGCAGUUUCAGAUAUGCUUUCUUUCCCUAAUUUUAAUAAUUGAUGCUUCUUCUUUAUUACAUCUCUAACUUUUUCUAUUUCUUCAAGAAAUUUCGCUUCUUUUGACAAUGCUUCCUUCUUGAGAGGCAUGUUGAUUCGACAGAUUGUAUCGUUAUUUAUAUUUAUAAAACAAUCAAAAUUUUUUCUGUAUCUUCCAUCAUUUAUAUUGCGAUCUUUGUCAAUACAUAGGAAACAAUAUUUCUCUUCCCAACACUUGAUACAUAUCCGAAGAAAUUUAUUAUACUC